AUGUCGGUAGCGUCGGUUUGGAUAACUCUGUGUUACCAACUCACUCGAGUCCCUCGCAGUGCACCUCUUGUUUUUGUGGAGGACACCAGUGGGGGGGGGGGUGAAAUUGAGAGACGAAAAAUGCACUCUCCAUUUGCUGCCCUCUCCGCCUCCAACUGCCGCCGAUGUUUCUGCGUGGUGCGUGGAAAAGAGAGGGGAUUAGCGAGAAGGUGGGGAGGGGAACGGGGAAAUAACGAACGGUCAACGAUCACUUGUAAAAAGGAAAAGAAAACGAUUGCUUCCGGGCGUGUGUCCGUGUGUGGGAGAGAGAAGGGGAAGGCGAAGCAAAGGAAGUUAUUUUCCCCUGUUAGAUAA